CCGGCAGUUGGUGAUGGGUUCGCGUGAGUGCAUGCAUGCGUGCAGAUUAACGUACACGCGGCCAAUAUGCUGAGGAACUGCACUACCUCCCUGGAUCUGAGCUACUAUCCGCUGGUUACGAAUGAUAUGGUGUGUUGCCUCAUUUCGCGUUGGCCUCAUUUGAUGGGGCUCAGUCUGAACGGGAAGUACGAAUGCCACGUUUGACUAUCCCGUGGGCCACUUGUGAUGGCAAUAUUCGUGACAUGCUUGCUCUUCCAAAUUUACACUGUCUUCGCAUGUAUUCCACGCGGGUGACGGACGCUGGAUGGAUUGAUGCUUGCCAACGGUUAAACCCAACCAAUCGUAGCCAAGUAUACUUGCAGGAACUGAAUGCCUCAUGCUUCCGCUCCUCUCUGACGACUUCAGACAUGAACGCAGUUGUGCUCAUACGACUGUACUUGAGAACAGCCGAUAGAAUGGAGCGCAUCGAGCCAAAAUUUCCGCCCCUCGAAACAUCUCCGCUUCUUGGACGUUAA